UCUUCACCUUUUAUUUGCAGCCAAUAAUUUAGUUCCAUCAUAAUUCCAUUUAUCUCAUAUAGACAGAGGGAGGCCUAGAAUAAUCAAAAUGGCCAAUUUUGUUCUGCAAGUUCCAAAUAGCCUGAGGAGCUUCACCAUUUCAGCUUCUGCUUCAUCUAAUGGGUCUCCUCCCUUGAGUUCUAGUGGUAGUAGUGGUGGGGGUGGUGGUCCUGUGAUAUUGGAGCUUCCUGUUGAUAAGAUAAGGAGGCCUUUGAUGAGAACCAGAGCUAAUGAUCCGGUCAAGGUUCAAGAACUUAUGGAUAGCAUAAGUGAAAUUGGCCUCCAAGUACCUAUUGAUGUGCUUGAGGUCGAUGGAGUUUAUUAUGGUUUCUCUGGAUGUCAUCGCUAUGAAGCUCACCAGCGUCUUGGGCUCCCAACAAUACGUUGCAAAAUUCGACGGGGGACAAAAGAAACUCUCCGGCAUCACCUCCGCUGAGUUUGGAUUAUGUUUCAGAGUUAAUUUGCAGCUUGAACAAGUUAAUCAGCUACUUACCUCGAUCUUUAAUUGCAUUGCAAGUAAUUGUAGGGCAUUUAUUAUCACAUGCCCCUACAAGCCUGUACAGACUUGUCAUAAUUUAACGUCGACAAGGAUCUAUGUCACCGUGUGGAAUAUGUGGAAUCUGCUGUUAUUCUGUUAUCAAA